AUGACCCAAUCUCGUGAGGACUCUGUCUACCUUGCCAAGCUCGCCGAGCAGGCUGAGCGCUAUGAGGAGAUGGUCGAGAACAUGAAGCGCGUUGCUUCGUCGGACCAGGAGCUCACCGUGGAAGAGCGCAAUCUCCUCUCCGUCGCGUACAAGAACGUGAUUGGCGCCCGUCGGGCGUCGUGGCGCAUCGUUUCUUCGAUCGAGCAGAAGGAGGAGUCGAAGGGCAAUGAGGCGCAGGUUCAGAUGAUUAAGGGCUACAGAGAAAAGAUCGAGAGCGAGCUCGCCAAGAUCUGCGAGGAUAUACUUGCCGUGCUCGACAAGCACCUCAUCCCCUCCGCUGCCACCGGCGAGUCCAAGGUGUUCUACCACAAGAUGAUGGGUGAUUAUCACCGUUACCUCGCCGAGUUCGCUACCGGCGACAAGCGGAAGGAGAGCGCUGACAAGUCGCUGGAGGCUUACAAGGCCGCUUCCGACGUUGCCGUCACUGAGCUGCCGCCGACACACCCCAUCCGUCUCGGUCUCGCGCUGAACUUCUCGGUUUUCUACUACGAGAUCCUCAACAGCCCCGACCGUGCCUGCCAUCUCGCCAAGCAGGCGUUCGACGAUGCGAUCGCCGAGCUCGACACUCUCUCAGAGGAGAGCUACAAGGAUUCGACGCUCAUCAUGCAGCUCCUCCGUGACAACCUCACCCUCUGGACUUCGGAUAUGCAGGAGUCCGACAAGCCCGUAGACAAGGAAGACAACGCUGAGCCCGCGGACGAGUCUUAA